AUGGCGCCCCAGGAAAAGAAACAGGGCCAGGGCCGCUCUCGCUCUCGAAGCCGACUGGCCCGCCUGCCCUCGCCGGCGCUGCUCUGCGCCUGCGGCCUGUGCGUGCUGCUGGCGGGCGUGAACGUGACGCUGGUGGGCGCCUUCGCCGCCUUCCUGCCCGGGCACAACGCGCCCCUGGUCGUGGGGCCCGCGCUGCUGGCGCUGGCGCUCGGCCUCUUCGCCGCCUGCUGCGUGUGUAGCCGCCGGGGCCCCGCGCGCCGCGCCCGCUCGGCGGCCUCCUCGGGCCCGGGGCCGGGCGGCGGCGGCGCGGGGCCGGUGGCGCUCGAGAUGGAGAGCAGCGAGCGCACGGCGCAGGACACCACGGCCGUGCAGCUCAGCCCCGCCGCCUCGGCCGCGUCCUCCGGCCGCUCCAGCCCCGGCCCCGGCGCCGGCCCCUUCGCCCUGGACGCGCCCGAGCCCGCGGCCGCCUGCGCGCCCCGCACCGAAGGCGUCCAGCUCGUCCUGCCCCGGGAGCGCGGCGCCCCCUAG